UUUCGUUGUCAGACUGGUAUUUAAAUAUACUGCAGUAACGAAGCCGGGGAAGCCAGUGGAAACCAAUGACCGCUCAAGAUUCCACGCUAUAUUAUACCUCUAUUAUUGUUUUCUUCAUUUGAUUCGAAAAAGGUAUAUUAUAUAGAACAGUAUUUUGAAGAUUCAACCGCGUCAGAAUUCAAAUGUAAGACGACAUCACAAUUUGCCAGCUUGAUACGUGGAUCAUUUUUGGGAUUCCUCUACAGUUUGAAUGAAAAUCGUGCUUUUUACCUGUGAUAUGUAAAUGUGCAUGUAUAAAUGCUUAGGAUCACUAGUAUGUGUUUAGUCUAGUCAAGUUACUGGCUUAUAGUGGUCUGUGCAUCUUUGUCUCGUGUUUGGCCUGUAAAGACUUGGGGAACGCUGUCCAUUCAAGGAUAUGUCUGCAUAAUAUUUGAUUGAAAGAAAAAACAAACCAUCUACUAAACCAAUAAGAAAGAGAUCAUCUGAAUUAUUUUAAUAGAAAAAGCACCAAUAGAGGCCCCUAUAGAGUAUAAGAUUGUCCAUUGUCGAAUUGCAUCAUGUUCAGCUGGUUGGGUACCGAUGACAGGAGGAAGAAGGAUCCUGAGGUCUUUCAGACAGUCAGCGAUGGCCUCAAGAAACUCUACAAAACCAAGCUGUUACCCUUGGAGGAACACUACAAAUUCCACGAGUUCCACUCGCCCGCCUUAGAGGAUGCCGACUUUGACAACAAGCCCAUGGUUCUCCUUGUGGGGCAGUAUUCCACUGGAAAGACCAGCUUCAUACGAUACCUGUUGGAGCAGGAUUUCCCUGGAAUGCGGAUUGGGCCGGAGCCCACAACAGACUCCUUCAUUGCAGUGAUGCAUGGAGACACGGAGGGGGUGAUCCCUGGCAACGCCCUCGUUGUCGACCCCAAGAAACCCUUUAGGAAGCUCAACUCCUUCGGAAAUGCCUUUCUCAACAGGUUUGUGUGUGCCCAGCUUCCCAACCCUGUUCUCGAGAGCAUCAGUGUGAUAGAUACUCCUGGUAUCCUGUCUGGAGAGAAGCAGAGGAUCAGCAGAGGCUAUGACUUCGCAGCCGUUUUAGAGUGGUUCGCCGAACGCGUGGACCGCAUCAUCCUCCUGUUCGAUGCCCACAAGCUAGACAUCUCAGACGAGUUCUCUGAGGUCAUCAAGGCCCUGAAGAACCACGAAGACAAGAUCCGGGUGGUUCUAAACAAGGCUGACCAGAUCGAGACGCAGCAGCUGAUGAGGGUUUAUGGCGCCCUCAUGUGGUCGCUGGGGAAGAUCGUCAACACGCCUGAGGUCAUCCGUGUCUAUAUCGGGUCGUUCUGGUCACACCCAUUGCUCAUCCCUGACAACCGUAAACUGUUUGAGGCGGAGGAGCAGGACCUGUUCAAAGACAUCCAGUCACUGCCCCGCAACGCUGCCCUCAGGAAGCUCAACGACCUCAUCAAGAGGGCACGGCUCGCUAAGGUCCAUGCCUACAUCAUCAGCUCUCUGAAGAAGGAGAUGCCAAGUGUGUUUGGAAAGGAGGGCAAGAAGAAGGAGCUGAUCAACAGCCUGGGAGAGAUCUACAGCCGCAUUGAGAGAGAACACCAGAUCUCCCCUGGAGACUUCCCCAACCUCAAGAAGAUGCAGGAGCAACUGAACGCCCAUGACCUGAACAAGUUCCAGCCCCUGAAGAUGAAACUGCUGGACACAGUGGAUGACAUGCUGGCCCACGACAUCGCCAGCCUCAUGGUGCUGGUCAGGCAGGAGGAGACCAACCGACCCCAGCAGGUGGUGAAGGGAGGGGCCUUUGACGGUACCCUCAAUGGGCCCUUUGGCCAUGGCUACGGUGAGGGUGCUGGAGAGGGCAUCGAUGAGGCAGAGUGGGUGGUGGCCCGCGACAAGCCAAUGUAUGACGAGAUCUUCUACACGCUGUCGCCGGUCAAUGGGAAAGUGACGGGUGCCAACGCCAAGAAGGAGAUGGUGAAGUCCAAGCUGCCCAACACUGUGCUGGGGAAGAUUUGGAAGCUGGCUGACAUCGAUAAGGAUGGGAUGCUGGAUGAUGAAGAGUUUGCCCUGGCCAAUCACCUGAUUAAAGUCAAACUGGAGGGGCAUGAGUUGCCCGCCGACCUCCCCGGUCACCUCAUCCCCCCCUCCAAGAGGAAAAUCCCUGCUGAGUAGACCUACCCCUGCAUCCUCACUUCCACGGGGCACUGAAGAAGAAAGGGAGUUGGUAGGAGGAAGGGCAGGGAAUGGAAUGAUCUUUGGGGGGUGCGGGGGUAAAUUCAUCAAGGUUGGACAACCACGCUUCAACAUGAAACAAAGAAAAGUUUCAGCUUUGUGGUUAUGCUUAGAGAGAGCAAAAAGAUUGAAAUUGUUGGCUUGCUCUUCUGACCUAUGUAUGAUUUUGUUUUGUUUCUUUUUUAAAUUAAACUGGGUUGAAGGGGGUAAAGGUCAUGGUUCAGAGUUGGGGGAACUGAUAUUGGACUCUGACUGACUGCACCACCUGCAUGCCAUAUUAUUAAACACCCCCCACUUAGUGUGUGCUAUCUGUGACAAUAACCUGCAUUAUCAUUGGAUACAUGAACCCUGUCUGUUUCUCAAGCAUAAAGGAUUUUGUAUUUUAUUUGAGCCUGAAUUUGAACCUACGUCAUAUUUCCCUUGGCAUAAAAUAGGCAUGUUUCAAAAAGGAUCAACUUAAUCUUAAUAAUCUUUAUUACUUAUCAUCUUUAAAAUACAAUAACGGCUCAAAUGCAGUGAUAUGAACCCUUUAAAAAAAUAUAUAAAUAGACAUAUUCUAUUUUCUUCUUGUGAACAGGUGGCAUCCUAAACAUGCAGGCCCUUCGUAGCCUGACCAAGAGACUGUUACAACUGUAUGGCUGUCAUGUCGUAUGGCUGUAUUUAACCUAUUAUUUAGAAUACUUCACUGUUGAGGGAAAGAGACUUCAAUCUUUCCAUAGACAAGGAGGUGAACUGACAAUUUCCUUAGGUAAACCGUGCUCACUUGAAUGCAUAACGAAUUACAUUUACAUUUACAUUUAAGUCAAUUAAAAAGCAAAGGUUUUAAAUCAGCACUUUCAUUCAAUUAUUGUACUCAAGAUUGCUUCCCUCAAUACUGUAGAUAGCACAAAACAUAGUUAUAUUCUUCAAAUACUGUGACUUUCAAUGUUCAUCAUCGAGUGUAUAUCUACCAUAGAGACUAGGUUCUAUAUUUUAUGAUAUCCACUAGUGUUGUAGUUGAGACCACUUCUGGAUAUUAUUCACCAUAAAGAAUAUAUCAUAAUCCAAAUACCCCGUGUUUGUGUACCUGAUUGGUCAGAAACAGAAAUUGAAUAGGUCAAAUAUAUAUGGGUAUUGUAUAUAGAAAAGGCCCUCUAAUUGCGUGUUCAGGGCAAGUUUAAUUUCGUAGCUACAGUAAUACUGGCGGUUAUUACUGGGAUCAUGUUGGGGGAACACUGGUCUGAAAGCAGUUCUUAGGGGAACUGAUAUGUUGAGAGAAUAUGCAGCACACAGUAUGAAAGGGCUCUAUUCAAUCCGUAGCACUGAAGAUCCGCUUUAUAGAGCCAUUGACAAUUAAAGACAAUGUUCCCGUGGUCGCGGAGACUGCAUUCACGGUAAACGCUGCGUAUGUCGACUCAAUCAGAAUGAGAGUUUCUCCCACUCUGUACACAAGGGGUAAGUUUCUUUCCCUGGCUGAUAUGACUGAUACUAUUUUCUCCUGCUGUCAGUCUGUUGCUGCUGACAAUACGCUAGGUAUCCUGUUGUCAUCAAUCUGUUGCUGCUGACAGAACGCUAGGUAUCCUGUUGUCAUCAAUCUGUUGCUGCUGACAGUACGCUAGGUAUCCUGUUGUCAUCAAUCUGUUGCUGCUGACAGUACGCUAAGUAUCCUGUUGUCAUCAAUCUGUUGCUGCUGACAGUACGCUAGGUAUCCUGUUGUCAUCAAUCUGUUGCUGCCGACAGUA